AUAACCUAAAGGGUAUUUAAUUUUUAUCGAGAUAAAGGUUAAUUCAGUACAUGAGGUUGCACCAUGUAGAGUAAAGAGUACAUCAUCUUGAAAAUGAAACACAAUGGUACAUAUAAUUGCAUGUUUAGUGCUAAAUUGGUACAAAAACGAACACACCGUCUAAAAUGCUAACGUGGCCGUUUUCUUGGUUGACAGUGGAGGCUGUCUCAGCAAGCCCCAACGUUUUCUUUGCAACCUGGAACAACCUUUUACCUCACAAGCCCCAAACAUCCAUUUGAUAUCCGACCCGGCCCGAUGUGUUUAUCAAUCAUCUGCCGAAGCUCUAUCUCCAGUUAUCCAUACUCGCUUCCAAACCUAAACUUCUUAUCCCACCAACGCGCUCACCCAAAUCCGUAUCCGGCCCGAUCGCCAACUUCUUCGAUGUUCUUCUCCAAGCCCCAAACAUCGUCGGUUCGAAUAAGACUAGCCCGGUCGAAGUCUCACCGGGAAAGCUCUUUUUUUUGCCGGAAACGGAUGUUAUGGUAGAAAAAGCGUCGUUUGGUUCCCGGAUCCUCAAGGGCUCCAACAUAGUGCUCAUGCAGACGGAGUUUGUGAAUACCGAGGACUAUCCCGCCGAUGGGUUGCCGGAAUUUGCGCUGGUUUGGAGGUCUAGUGUGGGACUGGGAAAUCAUCGCUGAUUCACUCCUUAACUCUAAUGUUAGGCGUUAGAAGCUUGCUCUUACUUCCAAGAAAUCUGAGACCGUAGUUGUACUGGUUAAUUGUGAUGAUCUGGUUUCCAAAAAAAUGGUUAUUAAAGAAGGACGCAUGAUUAUCAAUGUCAUCAAACCCUAUCACGCAGCCGCCAUUAUUAUAUCCGAUCCCCCUUGUAUUCACAGAAGCAAUUAACAUGACGGUCCAAAACCCACUUUCAGCCCUACCGUCAGAGAUCAUCCGCGAGAUUUUGUUAAGAUUGGAGGGUAGGCAUUUGUUCAUAGCUCAAUGUGUGAGCAAACAGUGGUAUUCCUUCAUAGAAUCCAUCAAGCUUUCCUAUACCCGGCAACCGCGAAUUCUCAUCCACCUGCGUCAAGACAGGGCUGGAGAUCAGCGUACGGGAUUGAGAUCAACAAGCCCUGAUCUUCUCAGUGAACGCAUACAUGAUGAGUUCACACUAAAUGAAUGCUGUUUGAGGGUUUUGGGUUCAUGCAAUGGGCUUGUGCUGCUUGGGUUUGGAGAACACAUUAUGUUGUGGAACUCGCAUAUGGGCCGGUUUACCAAAGUUCUUGAGCAUCGAUGCCUCCGAUAUUCUACCCAAAUGGUGGUUGCAGGGCUUUGUUACGAUCCAUCCACAUCAGAUCACAAAGUUGUCUUAUAUCUUUGUGCAUUCGUUCUGGACGAUAGUAGUCAGAUUGCCUUUGUUUCAAGCAUUAAAAAUAAAGGUUGGCGAAAAGUUCCCUUCCCAUAUAACUAUAUCACUUCCCGAGCUGGGGUCAGCUUUAACAAUACACUCCAUUGGAUAUAGUAAGUGACAUAAAACACAUUUGGAGAGAUAUGGAUGAAGAUGCAUUUUAUGAUGGUGGUGAUCAAACGGAAUGGCACCCUACUGAUGGGUGCAAUAAGAUUGUUUAUUUCGAUCCGGUUUAUGACUCUUUCAAAAUAUUGCCCUCCCCGACACGGAUCAAUCCAGAAGAAGAAGACAAGAUAGAAGGUAUGGGAAUCAUAGAUGGAUGUUUCUGCAUGGCUCGGAAGGACGAAAAGAGGCAACUGAUCCAAGUAUCAGUUAUGAAAGAAUAUGGAAAACAAGAGUCUUGGGUCACAUCCUUUGUCACCUCCUUAUCCAAACUCAGACUGUGUGGGUUUUUCAACCUCAAGCUUUUAUCUCAAAAUGGGAAGGUAUUCAUGAAGAGUGACUAUUUCGGGAGCACACAUGUGUCUGAUAUCAAAGAAGACAGACUAGAACGGACGAAGUUCCUUGCACGAGAUGGUGUUGAGGAUGAGAGCAUUGCUGGUAUUCUCUUCUAUGUUGAAAGUUUUGACUUUCCACGUGAAGUGGGUUGGAGGGAUGGUGAUGAGCAAAAAUGCAGCCUUGGUUUGAAACGCUACAGAAUAUCUAAGUAAAGAAACGGUAAAACCCUCUCAUCUCCUCACACAAAGAUUGCCGCACCAGCUGUUCGCCGAAACUAGAAUUCUUCGCUAAUCGAGUACGAGAUUGCUGCACCAGCUAUUCGCCGAAACCAGGAGACCUCCAAUGUCACUAUACAUACAGAUGCAGAUCGAAAUUGGGGCUUCAUACUCCCACUGGCCGACUAGGAGAGGUAAAAUCUGGAAGAUGGUGAAGGACUGGAUGCAUAUGCCGCGGCUUAGGGGGACGUUGGCAAGCUCGGUGAAGUGGAUCUUGAAGGAAAGAAAAGGAGCUGGAAUUAAAUCCAAAGCUGCACAGAUUGGUUUGUGCUUCACUAUAUAUUGGAUUUGGAGGAUCCGUAAUGCCACCAUAUUGAUGGUUUUUUGCCCAUGGAAGAUGAUAUUUUUGCUAGGAUUAAGUACAUUGUGUACAAAGUUUUGUAUCGCAUCUAUCCUCAUAUUUUGAUGCUUUUUUGACAACAAUAUUGCUGCCUUUUACUUGGGCCGAGAUUAGCUAGAAUAGAUUGCUCCGUUUGAAGGUUUGGGCUAUCCAACUAUUGGGCAGCCUACAUUUUUGCCUACCCUUUUGAUUGUACA